AUGGCACCGGAGAACAAUGUCAUGAGAUACUUUUCCAUGACGUUCACCGUCAUCGGCAUCGUUCUAGCUUCAGCUUCCUUGUUCACCGACCGUAAGUGCAAACUGUAGGGUGUUAGUUUAAAAAAACGCUAUUUAGACUGGGUGGAAGUAGAGGUCAUUAAUCCGAAAGGACAUGACCUCAUCCUCCAUCGAGGGCUUAUGCAAUGGGUGUGCAUCAACGAAAAAGAUCUAAGCGACCGUAGUUGCAUUGCCAAGUACCCGGUUAGCCUUUCAGUUCCCUUUUUGCAAGUGGCUCAAGUGACUUUCAGUUGUUCCCGGGAUGGCUGAAAUCGGUGUUCGGUUGUAUGUGCUGCGGAUUGGUGUUUGAGUGUCUUCUUCUUAUCUGCGCGAUUGCUUCACUGUAAGUUCACUUGACAGAGAGAAGUAAACGCUGUUUGCAUAGUUCCUACGACCCGAAACGGCAUGUAGAAAAAUUUCAAAUAGAAUCCGGGACCAUAAAGUCACAAGCAUGACUGUUUGUAGGUUCCUGAAACGCGGAAAGAUGUACUUGUCGGUCGUCUGCACUGCCUUCUCGUUCACCGCUUUCCUCCUACUCACCAUCGCCAUCGGAAUCUUCAGUGGAGAAGCGAAACCUGUCUAUUUUGGUAACAAUUCUUUGAUAGACCCUUUUUGUCUUUUAAUGGCCCUCGACACUAAGCACACUAGAAUUUCCUUCCUUUAUAGAAAGCUUUGUGUUUUCAUCUUUACUCUUUUUCUUGUUUAUCAAACUUUUUUCAGAAACCUACGUGUUCAAGGGUCUAACCGUGAUUUGCCACCUCGGGUGGUCCUACUGGAUCAGCGUCAUGGUCAUCAUUAUCUCGAUUCUGUGCACUUCACUCGAGACGGUCCAAAUCUUUCUGAACAGCAACAUGGGCUACUCGUCGUCGUCCCUCCCACCCGAGGCGAUGGCCACUUGGAAGUUCACCAUGUAG